AGUUUUAAGUUAUACACAUAUAAUUUCACAUGGCAUGCAAACUUUCUAUAAAUAUAUAAUACCAAAGACAUUGAUGAUGGAUUUGAAGGUAGAGAAAGCAAAAAAACUAAAAGAAGAGAGGAUGGUGAUAAAGAGAAUAGAGCUAUGCAUAGAGAUUAUGAAGCUAGCAAUGGAGUUCUUAGUGGUGGUGGCUGACGCCGUCAGAAUCUUCUUCAGCCACUCUUCUCCUCCUCCUCAGUCUCUCCUCCGCCGUGGCCUCUACUCUCACUCCGCCUCCUCUAGUCACCCUUAUUCCCCUCACAUCAUGAUCGGCUUUCAUCCCUGAGUUUGUAAUUUUCUUGUAUAUUAUUUUUCUCUUAAUCUUUUUUUUUUUUAGAUGUAUGUUCAUGUUCUUUCAUUACUUAGUUUUUCUUAUAAAUCACGUUUUAGCCUUUUCUCGUAUAUAUCGCUACAAGAAAACAUAGCAAUUUCCGACCGUAGGAAUUUGUAAUUGUUUGUUUCAA